AUGGUCGAGAGUAUCAUUGAAGAAGAAACCCCCGGACAGACUGAGAGCACCCAAAAUGUCCCGGUUGAAAAAAAGUCUGAAUCACUGUCGUUGAGAAAAGAAGAGGCUCGCAACAAGCGCAAGAAGAAGAAGAUCACCAACAGCCUUGUGACAUCUUGUUUCCAAGAUGCAUAUAAAUUGACUGGUGAAGUAUUGGGUCAAGGUGCUUAUGCAUCUGUUCAAACGUGUGUAAGCGUGUUAACUGGCUUAGAAUUUGCUGUUAAAGUGAUUGACAAAAUUGCCGAACAUGCUCGAGCACGUGUAUUCCGCGAGGUUGAAACAUUUUACCAUUGCCAAGGCCACCCAAACAUCAUUCAAAUGCUUGAAUUCUUUGAGGCUGAUGACAAAUUUUACAUGGUGUUUGAAAAGGUGGUAGGUGGGCAACUGCUUGAUAGAAUACAGGAACGAAAGAGAUUUACAGAAUGUGAAGCUAGUCUUAUUGUCAAAGAUUUGGCAAGUGCAUUAAAUUUUCUACAUCAAAAAGGAAUAGCUCAUCGUGAUUUGAAACCCGAAAAUAUCCUUUGUGUGGAUCCUGUAGCAUUAACUCCUGUUAAGUUAUGUGAUUUUGAUCUUGGAUCUGGUAUUAAGUUGAAUCCAAUUGAUGGCAGUGCAACGCCACAACUAUUAACUCCAGUAGGAAGUGCUGAUUUCAUGGCUCCUGAAGUAGUAGAUGCAUUUGUUGGAAGUCCAGACUCCAAUUACCAUUAUUAUGAUAAGCGUUGCGACUUGUGGUCACUUGGGGUAGUAGCAUACAUACUUCUUUGUGGCUACCCACCAUUUUAUGGGAAUUGCGGCUCCAAUUGUGGAUGGGAAUCAGGAAAUGCUUGUCCAGAAUGUCAAGGUUUGCUUUUUAUUAGCAUUCACGAGGGUCGUUAUGAAUUCCCAGACCGUGAGUGGGCAGACAUAUCAAGUGAAGCCAAAGAUUUGAUCAGCAAAUUGCUGGUUAAAGAAGCUAGUGCUCGACCAAGUGCUGCUGAGGUCUUAAAUCAUCCAUGGGUCUUUAGAUUACAGCAAGAAAAACCCAAAGAUCGUGAACUAAGUACACCAGGUGUUAUAAGACGCAACAAUAGUGCUCGCGCCCUAUCUACAUUUGCAGAGUCUGCCAUGUCGGCUAAUCGAGUGUUCCUGCAGCAUUUCAGUUUGUUUUCAUCAUCUGAUGUACCUCUUGCUGCUGCUAAAAGACUUUCACCGCCAUCGCAUUCCAUGAUUGUACAGCGUAGGUCACUUGGUAAACCACAAUGUUCCAACGAAACUACUGGUAACCGAGCUCCUGCUCAAUUACCAAUCAUUGCAUCUCCUAGCGGCUAG